UCAAAAAUGUUCUAAAUAAAAAUUUUGCAAUAACAAAACAGCUGUGAAGGUUCUUUAAACGAAAUUUUUACCAUUCCUGGCGUCUGAGUCAUGAAAACUGGCAAUUAACGUGACCCAUGUAAAACAGGAACACUUUCAAAUCAUCUAACCCAAUGUUACAUAUCUCGCAAAAGGUACAAUACUACACCCCGAUGAAUUUAAACAGGUAGAGGCACGAUAUUGUAAAGAUUUUAUGCUUUAUUGAUGAUGAACUGUAUUUUUGCGCUGGCAGUACUAUUUUGAACAAAUCGCGUAAAUUUCUAAAUGAAAAUGGACGACUACAAGUUUCUAUUUAAAGUAGUUUUAGUAGGUAACGCGGGGGUGGGAAAAACUUGUCUUGUACGUAGGUUCACCCAAGGCCUAUUCCCCCCUGGACAAGGGGCAACUAUUGGGGUCGACUUUAUGAUUAAAACCGUUGAAGUUGGAAAUGAGAAAAUCAAGCUUCAAAUAUGGGAUACCGCAGGUCAGGAAAGGUUUAGGUCAAUUACUCAGAGUUACUACAGGUCGGCACAUGCUUUGAUUUUAGUGUAUGAUAUUUCAUGCCAACCCACCUUUGACUGUCUGCCCGAUUGGUUAAGGGAAAUUGAGGAAUAUGCUAGUAGUAAAGUUCUUAGGGUAUUAGUAGGUAACAAAAUAGACAGGGAUGACCGAGAGAUUCCCACUCAAGUAGGUGAAGAGUUUGCAGAAAGACACAAUAUGUAUUUCCUUGAAACUUCAGCAAAAGAAUCGGACAACGUCGAGAGGCUGUUCAUGCAAAUUGCCGAGGACCUUAUGAAGCAAGCGAGACAAACCAACGUACCCAGAUACGACCCGAACAGUUACAAUGUGGACUCGAAAGGUCAAGACUCCGGCUGCUGCAGUAGACUAACCUAAGUAAGUUAAUUUUUUUAAUAUUAAUUUCCUCAGGUACGAUUUUUGUUUAGGGGUUGUGCAAAAAAAAUGUAACAUUCCAACUUGCCUUUUAUUUGUUAUUUCUUCUUGUAAACGUAGGUUGUAAGUGUUGAUUAUAUCAUUUAUUUGUUGUUAUUUUUGUUGCCUACUGGCAUCCGAUUAUUAGUAAUGUUUCUACUAUAUUGUGGUGCUACUUUAAGUUGAACUUAUAAAGCCUUAUAGGUGGUGCACGAAUAAAAAUAUUGCAACCUGUAUGGCAUUAUAAACUUAAGUAUUGAUUGUCCGUACUUAGUUUUUUUUUUAAUUGUUAAUAGGAACUAAUUUAUUACCGUGGUGUAGGUGUUUAGCCUUAUUUUUUAAAUACUUUAACACAAUUGUCAUAUUAAUACAAUUUAAGCCAAAGAAUUAUUGACUAAAAUAAAGCGCUAAAAUUGU